GGGUCGCUGUCGCCUAGCCUCUGUUCGCUCGGGAACCAGUUUUAAAAUAACAAUAUGGCAGCGUCCUUAGCACGGUUGUGCAGAUACCGAACAGAGUUGAAUUGUCACUCUCUGAGCCGUUUCAGCAUCAGUAUUUUUCGAAAUUGCAGUACAAACACAAAGAAGAAAGGAGUUGUACUUGGAGCAUAUGAGAAUGAGGAUGGUGAAGGUUUUAUCCUAUCAAAAUCAGCAGAAAUUUUUAACAAGAAAAUCAAUGGAAAACUUGGAGAACUUUUAAACAUUUCUGGACCGGCAUUAAAAAAGGGCAAGGCUAGAGUAUUUUAUGGGUUAGAUGAAGAGUUCUCCUCAGUAGCUGUAGUAGGUGUUGGGAAGGAAGGAGUCGGAUUUAAUGAGCACGAGGGUUUGGAUGAGAGUCUGGAAAAUGUGAGAAUUGCAGCUUCCGCUGGAAUUAGGCUGCUUAGGAAGGCAGGAGCCAACCUGGUUGAAGUAGAGCCAUUUUCCUGUGCUCAAGCUUCAGCUGAAGGCUCAGCUCUGGGUCUUUAUGAAUAUGAUGAGCUGAAGGAUGUUAAGAAUAAACAACCAGAAGUAAAUAUUGAACUGCAUAAUGGGAGUAGUGAACAAAAAGAAGCAUGGAAGAAAGGAGUAAUUCUUGCUGACUGUCAAAACUUUGCAAGGAAGUUGAUGGAAAUGCCUGCAAAUUUGUUGUAUCCAACGUCAUUUGCCAAAAUCACAGAAGAAAAACUGCCAUGGAUUGAUGAACUGGAGAUUAUUGUCCAUCACCAAGCCUGGAUUGAAAAAAUGAAGAUGGGAGCAUUUUUCAGUGUUACUAAAGGCUCAUCUCAGCCACCUGUGUUCAUGGAACUUGUGUACAAAGGAGGGGAACGCUCAUCAAAGCCUUUGGUCCUCGUUGGAAAGGGAGUGACCUUUGACAGUGGCGGUAUCUCUAUCAAACCAUCAGCUAAGAUGGACGUAAUGCGAGGGGACAUGGGAGGAGCAGCAAAUGUUGUAGCAGCCAUCUCUGCCAUUGCAUCACUUAAACUUCCCAUAAAUGUGACCGGUCUGGUACCGCUUUGUGAGAACAUGGUAAAUGGUAUGGCCACCAGGCCUGGGGACGUUGUCACUGCGAUGAACGGCAAGACUAUACAGAUUGACAACACAGAUGCAGAGGGACGUCUGCUAUUGGCUGAUGCUCUCUGCUUUGCUUGUCAACACCAUAAUCCAGCUGCUAUUGUUGACGUAGCCACAUUAACAGGUGCCAUUGAUAUAGCCUUGGGGUCAGGAGUCACUGGACUUUUCACUAACUCUACUAAAUUAUGGGAUAUAUUUCAUCAAGCAGGUGGCAUGACAGGUGACAGGGUGUGGAGAAUGCCUCUGUUGCAGCACUAUACUAAACAAAUAUCUGAUAGUCAACUAGCAGACCUAAAUAACAUUGGAACCAGUUCAAGGUCGGCGGGAGCAUGUACGGCAGCUGCCUUUCUUCAGGAAUUUGUUACCGUGCCGCAUUGGGCUCACUUGGACAUUGCAGGUGUUAUGCAUACUAACACGCAGGAUGGAGUACCGUACAUAAGUAAAGGAAUGUCUGGAAGGCCAAUGAGGACACUAGUAGAGUUUGCAAAACAAUUUGUCACUGUCACGUUAGAUUAGACAAACCUCAUCUAAUACCAGCAAAUUUUCAAUCAUAUGACAAAAGUGUUAAGCUGUGUGUGUCAUCAGCGACAUUUUGUUCAAACAGGCCUCAUUCGAGAAUGUUGACAUCACCAGCCACCACAUAGCACUUGCUUGAGUGAACAAGUGACCUGUUACACCCAAGCUGGUAUUUAGCCAAUCAACAUCCACCUAAGUUUUGUGUGCGUUUGCAUCUUAGCCUAUCACCAUCAAGGCUCCACAAUCAGGUGAUGAGUGUGGGAUUUGUCCACUGUGACCUUAACAAUCAUCUCCAUCCACUGAAGUUCAUGAUGUAUCCCACACCACCCAAAUGGUUAUUUGUAGAACCAAUAACAAGGCUAUAAAUUCUAAUUUGUGUUUAUAUACAGUACUGCAUACUGUAGUGUAUCAAUUUCUAGGUGCUUGAGUGCAACUAAUAAUAAUAGUAACAGUACAAGGGACAAUACGUAAUGUGCCAUGUGCUAAAUAUAUUUAUAUUAUUACAAUAUCAUUAACAGAUAUUAAUCCAAUGGCUUGAGGAUAUUGCAAUAGAAAAAAACCUAUGUUCUUGUUAUAUUUUAUAAUGAUGCUAUUUUCUAAUUCAGACUCUGGAUAAUAACAGAGGGGUUCCAAGUUUUAAAGUUUUAUUUCAGAUAGGUUAAAUGUUAAGUGCUGAUAUGUUGAUGUUUAAAAUGAAACUUGACUUGUACACCAGUCUUAUACUGAUACUAGAAUUAAAUGAUCUGUUGGUGGUGUGGCCCGUUUGGAGCAUGAUGCAGGAAAAAUUUAUAAAUAAUCAGGAAUAGUGUACAGUAGGACAGAAAUUUUAAAUCAUAGAAAUAAUUGUUGGAAAACUGUAAAGGUAGUAGUAAAGAAAUCUGCUAAACAAUCAAGAACAUGAGAUUUUUUUAUUUACAUCAAGGAUAUCGAUGUUCCUUAUGAAGGUGGGAGCGUGCUCAGUGGUGGUCCAGAAGGCAAAGCCACUGAAGCUACGACAGUUGAGGGAUUUAAAAGGCUCUAUUUAAUCGGUUUUAGAGUCUAACAUUGUAUAAGAAAUACACUUUUAUUCCUCCCAAAAGGGGGUGGCACCACAUUCUGAAAUCUGUCCAAUUAACAAAGUUUUACAAAUAUGCAGGUUGUUGCUUAAACAGUGUCUUUGUUGCAGAUGAAUUAUAUCACUUUAUACUAUGUACAGUAUUCGAUAAUUCAUCAUUUCUAAUCUUGAAGUAAAAGGGCAGUACUUAUUGAUAAUUUCUGAUUGGAUGUUGUUGUCCUAAUCCAAUUCAUGUACAAUAAUAUACAAACAGAAUUGUAACUAAAAGAAAACUAUGUGUGUUUAACGCUACAGCUCUGACAAAAGUUACCAAACAGGACAACAGAUUGAGAUGUAAAGUAUUUUAUUUGUUUUUUACAAAAUAAUUAUGCAAAGGUAGUUGCUGAUACUAACAUAUGAGUGGAGGAUGGUGCCUGUGAAAGAGACAAUGCUUUAACUCUGUAAUUAUUAGUCAUUAAACACAAAAUGUGUACAA